CGGCGACCCUCUACGAAUCUUUUAUCUCCUUCGCAGCAGCGACGUCUAUCGCGCGUCAUUCCGUUUCCUGAGUGCGCUUUUGAUUGCGCUCUCGACCUCGACCUCGUAGUCGCCCCUCUGCGGACUCCAGCGCUGGUGCGGUACAUGCGGUGCUUCUGUUGAAGCUCCAGCCGACUCGGGGACGAUGGCGCAGGCACAGCAGGUCGCCCUUGAGCGACUCGACUACAUCACGAGGGGAUUGCGGUCAAGAGCCAACGAUGACGUGCGCAAACGAGCCGCAAUCCAACUUCGAGAGCUGGUGACUGUGUGCCACCGAGACCUCAGCCCCGAGCAGUUCCUCACCUUCUACAACAACGUCAACAACAAGAUCACCCAGCUCAUCACACAUGGCAGCGACUCUGCGGAGAGGCUGGGCGGCAUCUAUGCCCUGGACGCCCUCGUCGACUUCGAGGGCGUCGACGUGGCGGCAAAGUACACCCGAUUCACUCAGAACCUUAAAACCAUCCUCCGUGGCAAGGACACCAUGCCUAUGCGGCAUGCUGCGAUUGCUUUAGGGAAACUUUGCCGCCCAGGAGGGGCCAUGAUCUCAGAGCUGGUCGAUUCCGAGGUGAAUACCGCGCUCGAGUGGCUGCAGAACGACCGAGUCGAGGAGCGUCGAUACAGCGCCGUGCUCGUCCUGCGUGAGCUCGCGCGGAAUGCCCCUACCCUCAUGUAUCAGUAUAUCCCAACCAUUUUCGACUGGAUCUGGGUUGGCCUUCGCGAUCAGAGGCAGCUCAUCCGUGAAACCUCUGCUGAGACCGUCAGCGCCUGCUUCCGCAUCAUUCGCGAGCGAGACCAGGAGAUGAAGCAGAUAUGGAUGAGCAAGAUCUACAACGAGGCGAGACAGGGUCUCAAAGUCAACACGGUCGAGUCAAUCCACGCCUCAUUGCUUGUGUUGAAGGAGCUCCUGGAACAGGGAGGCAUGUUCAUGCAGGAGCAUUACCAGGAGGCUUGCGAGAUCGUCUUCAAGCACAAGGAUCACCGCGAUCCGGUCACGCGAAAGACGGUGGUGCUGCUGAUACCGGACCUGGCUAGCUACUCACCAGCCGACUUCGCCCAGUCAUGGCUCCACAAGUUCAUGGUCUAUCUUUCUGGCAUGUUGAAGAAGGACAAGGAGCGCAAUGAUGCUUUCCUCGCCAUCGGAAACAUCGCAAACUCCGUCAAGAGCGCCAUUGCCCCUUAUCUGGACGGCGUUCUCAUCUACGUGAGAGAAGGCCUCAGCGUGCAGUCUCGCAAGAGGGGCUCCGUGGAUCCGGUCUUUGACUGCAUCAGCCGCCUUGCCGUCGCCGUCGGCCAGACGCUCAGCAAAUACAUGGAAGCCCUUCUUGACCCCAUCUUUGCCUGCGACUUGACGCCCAAAUUGACGCAAGCCUUGGUCGACAUGGCGUUCUAUAUCCCUCCCGUCAAGCCCAUUAUCCAGGAGAGGCUACUGGACAUGCUGAGCAUCGUCCUUUGUGGCGAACCCUUCAAGCCUCUCGGCGCGCCCCAGCCAAACACUCUGACCGCGGUGCCCACAAUCACCAAAGACGCCAAAGAUCCGCAAGCAUAUGAAAACCGCAAGACGGAGAUCAAGCUUGCCUUGAACACUCUGGGGAGCUUCGACUUCUCCGGCCACGUUCUCAACGAGUUUGUCCGAGACGUCGCUAUCAAGUACGUUGAGGACGAAGAUCCGGAAAUUCGAGAGGCCGCGGCUCUCACUUGCUGUCAGCUCUACGUUCGGGAUCCGAUUGUCAACCAGACUAGUUAUCAUGCGCUGCAGGUCGUUGGAGACGUGAUCGAAAAGCUGCUCACCGUGGGAAUUUCCGACCCGGAGCCAAACAUUCGGCGAACGGUGCUAGCCGCUCUCGACGAACGAUUCGAUCGUCACCUGGCCAAGGCGGAAAACAUUCGGAUCCUGUUCUUCGCGCUCAACGACGAGGUCUUCUCCAUCAGAGAGGUAGCGAUUUCAAUCAUCGGUCGCCUUGCGAGAUACAACCCGGCAUAUGUUAUUCCGUCCCUGCGCAAGACCCUCAUCCAGAUGCUUACCGAACUCGAGUUCUCCGAUGUGGCCCGGAAUAAGGAGGAGAGCGCUAAGCUCCUGAGCCUCUUGGUUCAAAACGCACAGUCGCUCAUCAAGCCAUAUGUCGAGCCGAUGAUCUCCGUUCUUCUCCCCAAGGCCAGUGACCCUAGCCCAACGGUCGCUGCCACCAUCCUAAAGGCCAUCGGAGAGCUGGCUACUGUCGGCGGCGAGGAUAUGCUGCCAUACAAAGAUCGUCUGAUGCCGCUCGUUAUCGAUGCUCUGCAAGAUCAAAGCUCAAACAUCAAGCGAGAGGCGGCCCUCCACUCCCUAGGCCAGCUGGCGAGCAAUUCAGGAUAUGUCAUUCAACCAUACUUAGAGUAUCCCCAAUUGUUGGAAAUUCUACAAGCCAUCAUUAGGACAGAAGAUCAGAGAGGGCCCUUGCGCCAAGAGACCAUCAAGCUGAUGGGUAUCUUGGGUGCGCUGGAUCCGUACAAACAUCAGGUCGAGGAAAAGACGCCCGAUUCGCAACGACGCUCAGAGUCUAACCAGUUGACGGAUAUAUCGUUGAUGAUGACUGGAUUGACCCCGUCUAACAAGGAGUAUUUCCCGACCGUUGUCAUCAACGCGCUCCUCCAAAUUCUCAAGGACCACUCCCUGGCGCAACAUCAUGCUGCAGUCAUCGAGGCGAUUAUGAACAUCUUUCGAACUCUGGGAUUGGAAUGCGUGUCGUUCUUGGAUAGAAUCGUCCCUGCAUUUCUACUUGUCAUUCGAUCGUGCCCUCCUACACGCUUAGAGUCAUACUUUAACCAGCUUGCGACGUUGGUCAGCAUUGUACGACAGCACAUCCGGAACUACCUCCCUGAAAUCGUGGACAUACUACAGGAAUACUGGCACAAGUCCGGCUCAUUGCAGACUACGAUCCUUUCCCUGGUCGAGGCCAUCUCUCGAUCUCUCGAGGGCGAGUUCAAGAUCUACCUGGCUUCACUCCUCCCUCUGAUGCUUGGAGUACUGGACAAGGAUGUGUCCACAAAGCGAACACCCUCUGAGAAGGUAUUGCACGCAUUUCUGGUCUUUGGAGCGAGUGCGGAAGAAUACAUGCACCUCAUCAUUCCCGUGAUUGUCAGGACCUUUGAAAAGCAGGGACAGCCAACCUUUAUCAGGAAGCAAGCGAUCGACACCAUUGGCAAGAUAUCCCGCCAGGUGAACCUGAACGAUUUUGCGGCCAAGAUUAUCCAUCCUCUGACGAGAGUGCUUGAUAUGGGAGAGCCGACGUUGAGGCUGGCUGCACUCGAUACCCUCUGCGCCCUGGUGCAGCAGCUUGGAAGGGACUAUAUCCAUUUUAUGGGAACUGUGAAUAAGGUCAUCAACCAGCACCAGAUCCAACAUCAGAACUAUGAUCUCCUUGUCAGCAAGCUGCAGAAAGGAGAAGUUCUGCCGCAGGACUUGACAUCAGACGCACGACUGUUGGACAUUGGAGAUGAGACGCCCUUUGCGGAUCUGGGCACGAAGAAGCUGGAGAUGAACGCAAUUCACCUCAAGGCUGCCUGGGACACCAAGGGGAAGUCAACAAAGGAGGAUUGGCAGGAGUGGCUACGACGCUUCAGCACUACGCUUCUCACGGAGUCGCCCAACCACGCCCUGAGAGCGUGCGCCAGCCUCGCGAGCGUGUACCUGCCUUUGGCCCGAGAGCUCUUCAACUCGGCGUUUGUCUCAUGUUGGAGCGAGUUGUAUGAGCAAUUCCAGGACGAGUUGAUACAGAAUAUCGAGAGCGCCAUCAAGUCGGAAAAUGUCCCGCCGGAUUUGCUGGGCCUCUUGCUCAACCUGGCCGAGUUCAUGGAGCACGACGACAAGGCACUGCCCAUCGACAUCAGAGUUCUGGGCAGAGAGGCUGCUCGCUGUCACGCCUACGCAAAGGCCCUGCACUACAAGGAGUUGGAAUUCUUGCAGGACCAGAGCAGUGGUGCUGUUGAAGCCCUGAUUGUUAUCAACAACCAGCUGCAGCAGUCGGACGCCGCCAUUGGUAUUCUGCGGAAAGCUCAACUGUACAAGGAAGGCAUCCAGCUGCGCGAGACGUGGUUCGAGAAGCUCGAGCGGUGGGAGGAAGCCUUGGCGUCGUACAACAAGCGCGAGAAGGAGGUGCCUGCUGACCAGCCCAUCCCCAUUGAUAUUGUCAUGGGCAAGAUGCGCUGUCUCCACGCCUUGGGUGAGUGGGACGCGCUCGCCAGCUUGACCGGCAGCACAUGGGCGAACUCGGCCCCUGAAGUGCAAAGAAUGAUUGCGCCGCUCGCCACGGCGGCCGCUUGGGGUCUCGGAAAGUGGGAUUCGAUGGAUAACUACCUCUCGUCCCUUAAGAGAUACUCUCCGGAUCGAUCAUUCUUUGGCGCCAUCCUCGCCCUGCAUCGCAAUCAGUUUAGGGAGGCUAUUGCCUGCAUCGAGCAGGCUCGAGAGGGCUUGGAUACCGAACUCAGUGCUCUCGUCAGCGAAUCGUACAACCGAGCGUACCAGGUCGUCGUCAGAGUGCAGAUGCUUGCCGAGCUGGAAGAGUUGAUUGUGUACAAGCAGUGUGACGAGAGGAAGCAGGCCACCAUGCGCAAGACCUGGGAGACCCGACUGGAAGGCUGCCAACGCAACGUGGAGGUCUGGCAGCGCAUGCUGCGGCUGCGUGCCCUGGUGAUCUCUCCCGCAGAGAACAUUCGCAUGUGGAUCAAGUUCGCCAACCUCUGUCGCAAGUCGGGCCGCAUGGGACUGGCCGAGAAGUCGCUGAAGCAGCUUAUUGGCUCUGAUGCACCGCUUGAAGCCUUGAUUCCGUACUGGAACGACACUAAGGGUGACAGGCAAGCAGCGGCAGCACCACGCAACGUCCCGCCCGCCCAGGUCAUUUACGGCAUGCUCAAGUACCAAUGGGAGCUUGGCCAGCAGCCAAGCAUGAAGGCCUCCGGGACCGCCGAGAGGACUCUGUACUGCCUGCAGCGCUUCACCAACGACUCGGCCCAUCGUCUCGACGUCGCAAAGGCUCACCUCACUGCUCAAGCGGGAAGCGAAGUGAACUUGCCGCUCGAGUACGGCUUCCAGAAUUCAGUCGAUCCAUCCGUCAUGAGCCCACAAACCCAGCGCGCCUUGGUCGACCAGACGGUGCUGCUGGCCAAGUGCUACUUGCGGCAGGGCGAGUGGCAGAUUGCUCUCAACAAGGACGACUGGCAAUACACCAAGAUCCAGGACAUUCUGUCCUCGUACUCGCAGGCCACCAAGUACAACCCCCGCUGGUACAAGGCCUGGCACGCCUGGGCGCUUGCCAACUUUGAGAUUGUUCAGACCUUGGCCGCUAGAGGCGAAGGGCAACUCACAAGGGCUGACCAGUCGAUGAUUAUCGAGCACGUCGUGCCGGCUAUCCAGGGCUUCUUCAAGUCCAUCGCGCUAUCCGCCGGCAGCUCGCUCCAAGACACGCUGCGUCUGUUGACGCUGUGGUUCACGCACGGAGGCAACUCGGACGUGAACACGGCUGUGACGGAGGGCUUCGCCAACGUCAGCAUCGACACUUGGCUGGAGGUGAUACCUCAACUCAUUGCUAGAAUCAAUCAGCCAAACAAGCGUGUGCAGCAGUCGGUACACAAUCUCCUGGCCGACGUGGGUCGGGCGCACCCGCAGGCGUUGGUCUAUCCACUCACCGUCGCCAUGAAGUCGUGGCAGAACAGUCGACGGUCGAGGUCGGCGGCGCAAAUCAUGGACAGCAUGCGCCAGCACAGCGCCAACCUCGUCGCCCAGGCAGAUACGGUCAGCCAUGAGCUCAUUCGAGUGGCGGUGCUGUGGCACGAGCUCUGGCACGAGGGUCUGGAGGAGGCCUCGCGCCUGUACUUUGGCGAUCACAACAUCGAGGGCAUGUUUGCGGCACUGGAGCCGCUGCACGAACAGCUGGAGAGAGGGCCGGAGACCCUUCGGGAGAUAUCAUUCGCGCAGGCCUUUGGGCGCGACCUCAAAGAGGCGCAAGACUGGUGCCACCAGUACGAGACGAGCAGAGAUGUCAAUGACCUGAACCAAGCCUGGGAUCUGUAUUAUCAAGUGUUUCGCCGAAUCACCAGGCAGCUGCCUCAGGUCACAAGCCUUGAGCUUACAUACUGCUCUCCUAAGCUGCUGAACGCCAGGGACCUCGAUCUAGCCGUUCCGGGAACAUACAGGAGUGGGCAGCCCAUCGUGAGGAUAAUGUCCUUCGAUUCGACCUUUACUGUCAUCAACUCGAAGCAGAGGCCGAGAAAGCUUAACAUUAACGGCAGCGAUGGCGUCUCGUACGCCUUUUUGCUCAAGGGCCACGAGGAUAUCCGGCAGGACGAGCGCGUGAUGCAGCUGUUUGGCCUUUGCAACACGCUGCUGGCAAACGACUCGGAGUGCUACAAGCGGCACCUCAACAUCCAGCGCUACCCUGCCAUUCCGCUGUCGCAGAACUCGGGAUUGCUGGGCUGGGUCCCGAACAGUGACACUUUGCACGUGCUCAUCCGAGAGUACCGCGAAAGCCGCAAGAUCCUGCUCAACAUUGAACAUCGGAUCAUGCUGCAGAUGGCGCCCGACUACGACAACCUCACGCUCAUGCAAAAGGUGGAGGUGUUUGGGUAUGCCCUGGACAACACCACCGGGCAGGACCUUUACCGAGUCUUGUGGCUCAAGUCCAAGUCAUCCGAGGCCUGGCUGGAGCGGCGGACAAACUACACCCGCUCCUUGGGCGUCAUGUCCAUGGUCGGCUACAUCCUGGGUCUGGGAGAUCGCCACCCUUCGAAUCUGAUGCUGGACCGCGUGACCGGCAAGAUCAUUCACAUUGACUUUGGCGACUGCUUCGAGGUUGCCACGAAGCGCGAAAAAUAUCCCGAGAGGGUGCCUUUCCGACUGACUCGCAUGUUGACGUAUGCUAUGGAGGUUAGCAACAUCGAGGGAAGUUUCAGAAUCACAUGCGAGCACGUCAUGAGGGUGUUGCGAGACAACAAGGAGAGCGUCAUGGCUGUGUUGGAAGCGUUCAUUCACGACCCUCUGCUCACCUGGAGACUUACCAAUGCGGCCUCUCCAACUGGCCCCAACUUCCGUUCUGAACGCGAAGUGGCGCUGGCCGGUCCGCACGCCAUGCGAGCGCGACGCCAGUCCAUCCUGGACGCCGACGUGGCUCCUUCUGAACUCAUGGCAAACGUCGAGGCUUCAGCGCCCCCCAUGGCUAGGAACAGGGCCCGCACGAACAGCUCGGCGGUUCCAGAAGGCGCGCAGGCCAACGGCGCGGAGGAGAGAGAGAGCCAAAACGCCAGGGCGAUUGAGGUGCUCGACCGAGUAUCUCAGAAGCUUACGGGACGCGACUUCAAGCCUAAUGAGGAACUAGACGUCAUCAACCAGGUGAACAAGCUCAUCAUUGAGGCUACCAAGUUGGAGAAUCUGUGUCAACACUAUAUUGGAUGGUGUAGCUUCUGGUAG